GUCGAGGCGGAGAAGCGCGCCAAGGGCAAGAAGGGCAAGAAGAAGAAGAAGAAGAAGGGCGGCGGGAGCGGCGGUGCUGGGCCGUCGCAGGAAUCCGCGCCGGCAGAGGCAGCCGCAGCCAAGCCCGCGCCGUUGGACAGGGAGGGGCUGCUCAAGCUUCUUGCGGAGCUCCACGAGGACAGGAUCCGGUUCGGCAUCACGCCGGAGACGUCGGUCGAGGGAUUGGCGGAGGCGCUGGGAGAGGCGGCGGGCGAGGCGAGCGAGGAGGAGGGCGGCGAGGAGACGGCGGAGGCGGCCGACGAGGAGGGCGAGGAGGAGGGCGAGGAGGAGGGCGAGGAGGAGGGCGAGGAGGCGGCAGCGGAGGCGGCAGCGGAGGCGCGCCGGCAGGCUGCGGCGGAGGCUGCGGCCGUGGCGGCGGCAGAGGAGGAGGAGGCUGCCGCAGCGGCGGAGGAGGCGGAGGAGGCGGCAGUAGCGGCGGCAGAGGCGGCGGCGGAAGAGGCGGCAGCGGCGGCGGCGGCGGCAGAGGCGGCGCUCGCCGCAGCCAAGGCGAGGCGCGCGUCAGGUGCCGCUGCGAGGGACAGGGCGCGGGAGGCGGCCUAG